GCCCUGGGGCUGGGGAGACUGGGGGGGUUGGGGGGCGGUGGGGGCCCUCUCAACCCCCCCAACGCAGUGCUGGAGGCCUUUGCACAACUCCAAACCCCACCCAAAUUGCCUUAAAAUAACCAGAAAUAGUGUGUGUCACCCCCCUUCCGCCUGCCUCUCCCCGAAACCACCACUCUGCUGCAAGCCACAGCACAAAUCCCUUAAUUAAGGGCAUUCGUUAGGAGCCUGUCCCACAAAAUGCUACCGGUGGGGCAAGCGGGACCGCAGCCAGGGUGGCCCAAGGGGGCUGGUGGUCACCCUUCUUCUCCAGCACCCCGAAACUCCCCUGCCUGCUCCGCCAGGGUCCAGCUGAAUCAUUCCUGCUCCAUGGCUCGGCCUCUCCCACAUGCUCCAGCUCCUGAUUCCUCCUCCUCCUCCUCCUCCUCCUCCUCCUCCGGGGAGAGGCAGGUUGGAGGGAGGAGGCCCCACGUGCACCUCCCCACCGGCGCCGCGGCGUGCCGGGGCAGAGUAGCGUGCGAGCGGGGAGCGCCAUGGCCGAGCGGCUGUCGGAGGAGAAGAUCGCUGAGUUUAAGGAGGCUUUUUCCCUUUUUGACCGGGAUGGAGACGGUUGCAUCACCACGAAGGAGUUGGGCACCGUCAUGCGCUCGCUGGGGCAAAACCCCACUGAAGCGGAGCUGCAGGACAUGGUGGGGGAGGUGGAUGCCGACGGCAGCGGCACCAUCGACUUCCCCGAGUUCCUCUCGCUGAUGGCGAGGAAGAUGAGGGACACGGACAGCGAGGAGGAGAUCCGCGAGGCUUUCCGCGUCUUCGAUAAGGACGGCAACGGCUACAUCAGCGCGGCGGAGCUGCGGCACGUCAUGACCAACCUGGGCGAGAAGUUGACAGACGAGGAGGUGGAUGAGAUGAUCAAGGAGGCCGACUGCAACAACGACGGGCAGGUCAACUAUGAGGAGUUCGUGAGGAUGAUGACGGAGAAGUGAGCCCCCCACCACCACCACUCACUUCCAACCCCAUCCCACAGGGAACAGAGGUCGUGUUGGUCCCCCAGCCCCUCCAUCCCCUACCGCCUUCUAUCCACCAUCCCAGGCUGGAAAAAUCCUCUUUUAUCCCAGUCAGAGCAUCACCAGCCAGCGUCUGCAUCGGAUGCGGGCAUCCCACCUGGCAGGAUGGGGCUUGGGGUGCAGAUGGACAUGGGGGGGGUAAAUCUCAGCUGCCCUCCCACGAGAGGCAACUCUCGUGUCCGUAGAGGUGCCAGUGGCCACCACGCGUCCCCCGGCACCAUGCCAAGUCCAAUAAAGAAAUGUC